AUGGCGGCAGAGGCGGCAGCAGAGGAGGAGGAGGAACUGGUUUCCCUCACCACUGCUACCACUGACACACACUCCCGAGCCGGUUCCAAAGAUAAAGCAGGACAGACACCUUUAAAAGAAGAAUUGGAGAACUAUUCCCCCAGGUUAAUAAAACGGGUCGUAUUGAACUCAGCGUAG